GUGCAUAAUUACAUAAAGCUUUUGUUGUCUUUUCUGUCUGGGUGUGAUAUUGACUUUGCUGGGCGAACCAGAAUCUCUGCGGUGCGUUUGUUGAUCGUGAUUUGAUAAUGACACCCAACAGCGACGACAGCAUCAAUAUCAAUGGCGGUUCAAUGCUACAGAGCCAGGGACUGCCGGAGUCCAGAGGAGGUGACGGAGGUGGUGGGCACGUGGUGGAGGGCAGCAAGGGUCUGAAGAAAGGGCCGUGGACCGCAGCGGAGGACCAGAUUUUGAUGGAUUACGUGAGGAAGCACGGCGAGGGAAAUUGGAACUCGGUGCAGAGGAACUCGGGCCUCAACCGGUGCGGCAAGAGCUGCCGCCUGCGGUGGGCCAACCAUCUCCGCCCCAAUUUGAAGAAAGGCUCCUUCUCUCCGGACGAGGAAAGGCUCAUUCUUGAGCUCCACUCCAAGUACGGUAAUAAAUGGGCUCGCAUGGCUUCGCAGUUACCUGGACGAACAGACAACGAGAUAAAGAACUACUGGAACACGAGGGUGAAGAGGAGGCAACGCCAAGGAUUACCAUUAUACCCCCAUGACAUCAAGCAAUCCCAGUAUUCCUAUUCCCAUUCCCAUUCCCAUUCCCCACCCACUUCUCUGACCAUACCCAACGGAGUACUAAACCCGCCCAACACCGAUAAUUCCCCAUCCCCAACAUUUUGCUUCCAAAUCCAAAGCCCCACCCAAACCCACCACCACCACCACAUCCCUCCGCACUCCCCAACUACUCCAUGUCUCUCUCCUCUCUCGUCCCCUCACCAACCCAAACCCACUUCUCUUACUUCCCUCCCCCUCUUUGACCCCACCGCCACCGCCUCCACCUCAUCGUUCUCCUCCUCUACCCCCUCCUUCACCUUCCACCGCCCCGCCCCGAUCCUCGGCGCCCCGCUCCGCUACAAACGCUACCGCGACUCCGUUGGAUAUUCCCCGCCGAUCUCCCCAACCCCGCAACGGUACACUUCGAUUCUACGAACUAGCUCGAUGCCUGACAUCGCCUCCUUUCAGUUGACAGCUGCUGGCACUAGCACGAUGCCCGAUAUAUCUUCCUUUCAGUUCCCGAGGACGUUUAACAACCCUUUCCCGCCAAUGCCACCAGCACAGUUCGAGUACUCCGACGGUUUGUUGUCGCCUUCCGGCUCAGUUUACUCAGUCCAGUCGGAGCUCCCUUCAAACCAAGUUUCCCAAAUGCACUCCGAGAUUACCAUUGAUGCCAACGUAAGCUCAGCAGUGGCGGCGGAGUCAGUGGCCGAUGAGAAUAACAGCGGUAAUGGGCUGCUGGAAGACAUGUUACAAGAGGCUGAGGCAUUAGCUCGCGGUGGCGGCGGCGGCGGCGGUGGUGGAAACAAUAAUUCACGGAUGAGAGGAAAUGGGAUGUUGGGUUCGUUUGAUGACAAGCAAGUGUCGGAUGAUUAUGGCCGGUGGCUGCAGUCUACAACCUCCAUGGCUAGCUCAUUAUUCGAAGCAAAACCAAUCCAUGAUGAUCACCUGAAUUCAAUGCCUGAAGACUUGUCAAAGCUGUUCAGCUUCAUCCCUUCAACCGAGCCAGUCUCCGAUUGGUAUAGCGACAGCGGAGAACUCUCCAAUGGUCACUCGUCUGGCGUGACGGACACCAGUUUGGAUUUUGACUUGCAGCAUAUGGCCUCAUUGUUCCCCAUUACUGCCACAGGAGAGCAUGGGAGAGCCUCUAGCUCUUGGGAUAACUUGCCUGGGAUUUGCUGAGGAUAGUUCCAUCUACAUACAUAACAGAAUAGUAUAUAUAAUUACAUAUUAUAGAGAGUGAAAUAAAAGCUCUGAUGGCUUAAUUAAGAGAGUGUAUUUUUUUUUUUUUUAAGUAAUUUUCCUUGAUGGUGUUUGUUUUCAUCAUGGUUAUCAUUGUCUUCAGACUUACCAGCCUGGUAUAUAUUGUAAUAUUAAUUUAUGUUUAUGUAGAGAGCUGAGCUUUACUGAUAGAUAAUGGUAUUCUACGUUUUCUUUUUUCCUGAUCAAUAAUGGAUCCUACGUCAUUCUUCGUUUCUGAUCGCCUAGGGUUUCUGGUUCUAUUCGGUUCUUUUCAAUUAGCUUGAAUUUUAAAAAUUCACCUGCUUGCAGUGAUUGAUUCUCUAGGAUUAUGAUUCAAUAGGAUAGCGUUGGGUUUUUAUCAGUCGCAUCUCUGAUUUUGUUCCUUUUGUAAGCAGCACCAGGACGAAGAAAGCGACUCAACUGUCAUAAUUUGAUUUCCGUUUUUAAGGGCUUUUUGAAGAAGCUAAUUGUUUUGGCUUCUUUUGAUGUCCUUUUUCUUUACUAAGCACUGUGACAUCCAACACAUAAUGUUACAGAUUUUAUUCCUGUCUCGGUUUGCGACAGGUGGGUGCCCUGUGACGAGGGGUAACAACUAACAAGUGGUACGUCUUGUUACUUUCAAUCACUUAUAUCUGAAUGAACUGCCAUUUGAAGUAAAUAUUCUUUUAGCCAAUUCUUAAUUGAGUUACAUUCUGCAUAAAAACCUUUAAAUGCUAAAAUUUCAGUUCACGUAAAGGUACAUCUUGUUACGUUAUGCCUUAGUCCAUUACUAAAGAACUUCCAUUUCAUUUCAUGUUUUAUUAUCAACAGCGUUAAUACUUUUGCAGCUUUCAACAUGCAUGUUUGACUUUUAUUUACCUAUUACCAAGUGACCAGGUGUUUUCUAACUCCUCUUUGACAUCGUAACUUGUUUACAUUGGGUUUUUUUGUUGGAAUUAUUGCUGUCAAAUUUACUGUUUUGUUUCUUUUAUGAUCAUGCAAUUGAUGACCUUAGUUUUGGUAACUGAACAUUUUUUUAACACGCUUUGAUGAACAAAAGGAUCAAGUGACAGGUGAGCGAAUUUUGCGGGUUGAAUUUUGGAUGCAGAGCACCCGGGUCAUGUAAGUUGGUUGUGUGAUGGUACUUUUGUUUCCAUCUAGUAGAGAAUAUAGCUAGUCUCCGGAAAUAACUAAACAAACAAUGCGCCUAUGCACAAUCUUUUGGUUUGUUCUGUUACAGGAGUGGAUGGAGAAAUACUUGGCUCGGCAACAAGUUGAAGCAGUAGGUUCAGUAUGCAUACGAAGCAUUCAGCCAUUGAUGAAG